CAGCCUUUCGCCUUGCAUCGACUAGUAGUGCAAUGUCUUCCAGCAGUCCAGCUCCCUGUCAGCGGCAGUCGCUCAACGGCCUCCGCUCCUAAAACAACACAACUCGUCGCACUGGGAGUGUCGCGACUCGCGGACGGACGGACCGUGUCGUAUCCACUACAACAAUUAACUAAAUAAUAAUUAAACCCCCAUAUUUAACCCCAACUUAACUCCUCAUCUCAUCUUAACUACUCUCUCGUGUCGGAAAUCAAAAUCAAAAAUAAAAAUAAAAUCAAAAACUUUUUGAUCAAAUUUGACUGGAUCAUAUUUUAUUUUAUUUUGUGGGUGUGGUUGGUGGAUUGGAUUGGAUUGGACUUCUCUCUCUCUCCUCUUUUUCCCCCCUUUCCUCUUCCCCCUCCUUCCUUCCUUCUUGUUUCCUUCCUCGUCGGUUAUCGGUGCGGUUAUCGUGGCGUGGUCGUCGUCUCUCCCCCCACAAAAUAAAAUCCGGCGACGACGACGUCGCCAAAUAAACGAACCCUUUCUUAAGUGGUGUGCCGCCGUGUGGGAGGAGUGACAGUAAUUUAAAAAAAGAAAGUGGUGAAAUAUGCACGACCUUAUCUACACAAUUCAUGGGUUCGCCGUCUUCUUCUUCAUCUUUUGGGCCGGUCUAUGGGCAAUCCAUGGGAUCGCGUUGUUCUGGAGUUUAUGGCGUUUGCGUCGAAGUCGUGGAGCGUCGCUGCUCGCCCUCGCCCCAGAAAUCCCACUCCCUGGCGUGUCCAUUAUUAAGCCGCUGCUCGGGGUGGACCCCAACCUGUCCUCUAAUCUGGAGACCUUUUUCAAUAUGAACUAUCCAAAGUAUGAAAUCCUGUUUUGUGUUCAAGAAGAAACUGACGAAGCAAUAAGAGUGGUGGAAGAACUGAGGGCGAAAUACCCAAAACAAGACACUGAACUUUUCAUCGGAGGGAUGCGAGUUGGAAUAAAUCCAAAAAUCAACAACAUGCAACCUGCCUAUUUGGCUGCCAAGUAUGAACUCAUCCUCGUGUCUGACAGUGGAAUUCGAAUGAAAGAAGACACACUGCUGGACAUGGUGAGCUUUAUGGAUGACAAAACCGGCCUUGUGCACCAAAUGCCUUUCGUCUGUGACAGAUCUGGCUUCCCCUCCAUUGUCGAAAAGGUAUACUUUGGCACGUCGCAUGCGCGGAUCUACUUGGCCGCGGACUGUCUGGGGAUCAACUGUCCGACGGGGAUGUCUGCCCUCAUGCGGAAAAAGUUGUUGGACGACGCGGGUGGGAUAAAGGAGUUUGGCUGCUAUCUCGCGGAGGAUUACUUUUUCGCCAAAGCUAUAACCAAGAUGGGUUGGAAAAUCUCCAUAUCUAGUCAAGUUGCCUGGCAAAAUAGUGGCGUCUGUGAUAUUUCAGCGUUCCAAGCUCGUAUCUCAAGGUGGGCGAAACUGCGUUUUGCCAUGAUUCCUAUGACAAUGUUGGGAGAGCCGUUCAUCGAAUGUUUGCUGCUUGGGAUUUGUGCCGGUUUCUCAACCCGGGUGCUCUUUGGAUUCGAUCCAAUCGUCGUCUUUCUCAUACAUUUGCUCAUAUGGUGUAUCAUGGACUGGCUGCUCUUGCGCUCCAUCCAGGGUGGACCACUUCCAUUCAACAAAUUCGACUUUGUGAUGGCGUGGCUGUUCCGCGAAACCUCGGCGCCCUUCCUCUUCUGCCACUCCCUCUUCUUCCCCUCCAUCCGAUGGCGGGAGGGGACUUAUCGGCUCCACUGGGGCGGCAAGGUGGAGGAAAUCCUCCCCAAGGUCAAAUUAUGAAAGGGAUCAAGUCUCCAUCACCCUGUAUUAUAGAUCAGACUACGAAAUACUUGUAGCUUAACUUACUUCUUAGAGACCUUCAGCAAAUGUUAUCAGCAAGUCCGUACUUGAGAGAGAAGAUAAGAGAGGGAGGCCAUCCAUCCUCCACCCACCCACCCACGUGACACCCAACCACGUGACACCACCAUCCCGCCGCCGAUAACUUCUACUUACCCACCCACCCACCUACUUUUUUUACCCGUCUUGAUUUUUCCUUUUUAACGUGAAGACCAAGACCCACCACCCUCGACGAGUAGCAGCUUAUCAUCAUCAUCACCCCCAAAAUUAACCCAUGCUACGAACAAAAACAUCUGCAUAAUUGAACAAGGAGCGAUCAAUCAACAGCAACAUUUUAUUAUUUACUUACUUAUCUAUAGCAAAAAAUUGUAUGAAAUUUUCCCCUGGUAUGAAAAGGAUGAAGGGGGAAAGCAUGUAAUCAAAAGUGUAAUCAGACCGUUAUGGAUACAUUAUUCUUAAAAAAAUUUGUUACACUUACGACGACGACGACAAAGGGAAAAAAAUAAUAUGAUAUUUUACACUGACCUGGAAAUCUAGCAAGAAAAAAACGACAAGUUUUAGUUGAGAGUGAGGAAGGAGCAUUCAAUAUUUAACGAUUUUUCUAACGAGUCUCGUGCUAUGUAAAUUAGAUUGACACAAACCGAUAUUGUUUUGACAUUGAUAUUCAGACAGAGUGUAUAACGGGCUCCGUUAUUGAUUGAGGGAGUGAUAAAUAUCAUACAAAAUAUUUAUUUAUAUUUACCUUUUGUGACCCGAUUGGAUUAUCUGCUGGUAUUGAUUGAUAUUUGUUCUAGAAAUAGUCGUCCCAAAA